AUGUACAGGCCUACGCUGGAUAGCCUGGUCCACCGUCUCCAGGGGCCGGUCAACCACGGGUGGGGGAAGGCCUUUGAGGUGCUGGUGUUCCUGUUCUGGCUGGCGUGUGGAACGUCCUAUCGAGUGGUGUCGGAGGCCUUCGACAUUCCCCGCACGACAUGCCACGAUGUGGUCCACAGGGUGAGCAAAGGCAUCCAGCAAAUUUUCAGGCAGCAGAUCCACUUUCCUAGCAGGGAUGAGCUGCCAGAAAUUGGGGCUGGGUUCCAGCAGCUGGCAGGAUCCCCGGCUUUUGGCAAUGUGGCAGGGGCCAUUGAUGGAUGCCACGUUCGCAUUGUGCCCCCUGGAGCCUUUGCUUCCGAUUACUUCAACCGAAAGCUGUUCCACUCUAUACAGUUUCAGGCCAUCUGCGACCAUAAAGGUCGCUUUUUGGACGUGCACGUGGGCUUCCCUGGCUCGGUGCAUGACGCCAGGGUCCUGAAGAGCAGCCCUUUUUUCGUGCACCAGCUUUACCCCCCUCCAGGUUGGUGCCUCCUUGGCGACGGAGGGUAUCCCUGCCUGGCUCAGCCGAUCCGUCUGCUGACCCCCUACCGGGAGCCUGUCCGCAACACUGUCCAGGGCCGCUAUAACGCAAAGAUGUCGAGGGCAAGGUGUGUGGUGGAAAGGGCCUUUGGGGUGCUGAAGACCAGGUGGCGCUCCAUCUUUUUAAAGGCCCUUGAGGUGAAGGUGAUCAUCGACUGCCUCUUCCUACACAACCUGUGCAUCGGCACUGGGGACAUCCUGGAGCCUGAGGGGGAGGACGACAACGGAGAUGGGGAUGACGACAACGGAGAUGGGGAUGAGGUUGCCCAAGAGUGCCAGCAGCAGUCGGGGGACACUCUUCGGGACAGACUCGCAGCUGCAGUGUCUGCUGCUCCUGCUCCUGAGCUCAGGAUUCCUGUUCUUCUGGAACAUGAUUAUUGUUGA